AUGUCAUUGCCUACACCUGGAUACGCUCAUCAACCAGCGCCUCGUACCGAACCCAGACCUUACGCCCAAGCGCUUGAUCCGAACACCUGUUCUGCUGACGACGUUAAUGCUCUGCCCAGCAGUUGUCAAUAUUGUAACCACCAUGGUCACUCCAUCACGAAAUGUCACCGUCUGCAAAGUAAAAGAUAUUGUACCAAAUGUCGCGGAAUGGGCCACUUCCACAAUGAAUGCAACAUAAACCAAGAACUAGACUGCAACAAUUGUAAUAACAGAGGCCACACAGUAGACCGAUGUAGAUCCUCUUCGCGUAAUAAUCAAGGCAAUGCAGGCUCCAAAGAACAUUUAAACGGGAACAUCGCCCGCGGGGAGAACGCGCCCGCGAGCAAUGCAAAAAACUAG